UAGGGAAUGCCACAGGAUCCAAGGACUGACAGCAAAGGAAGCUUUGUGGACCUCAGAGGACCCGAGCAGGAUUCCUAGAGAACACCUGCACAGUCCUUCCAGGAUCAUUAGUUAUCUUGGAUAUGUGGCAAAUGAUACUGGUUCCUCACCUAGGAUAGCACUAUAAAGCGCGUCUAAAAGACAAUCAAGUGAAAAAGCAAGUCAUUUAAAAGUAUUUAGAACAAACUAAUAGCACAGCUGAUGUGCGGAUAUGGACAGUGUGGUGAACACGCAGUGAGAAACACUGGAUGAGAGGAGAGGGUGCGGCUCCUCAGCACCUUAGGGCAGCAUGUAGAAGCCAGAGUUCCUCAUCCAGAUGACCUGCUGGAACUGUGCCAGCCAGGGUGGACUUUACCUGGAUCUCAAGAUGCUGCCUACAGGCUCUUUGGGAAGAAACAUCUGUAUGGAUUAUUUCACUACAACUCUAUGAUGCUUGGACUUGACUCACUCCCAGACCCUACGGACACCUGGGAGAUUAUAGAGACCAUUGGUAAAGGCACCUAUGGCAAGGUCUACAAGGUGUCCAACAAGAGAGAUGGGAGCCUGGCAGCGGUGAAGAUUCUGGACCCUGUCAGUGACAUGGAUGAAGAAAUUGAGGCAGAAUACAACAUUUUGCAGUUUCUUCCUAAUCAUCCCAAUGUCGUAAAGUUUUAUGGGAUGUUUUACAAAGCUGAUCACUGUGUGGGAGGACAGCUGUGGCUGGUCCUGGAGCUGUGCACUGGGGGCUCCGUCACUGAGCUGGUCAGAGGCCUCCUCAGGAGUGGUCAGCAUCUGGAUGAAGCAGUGAUCUCCUACAUCCUCUACGGAGCACUCUUGGGCCUCCAGCAUUUGCACAACCACCGAAUCAUACACCGUGAUGUGAAGGGGAAUAACAUUCUUCUGACAACAGAAGGAGGAGUUAAGCUCGUUGACUUUGGCGUCUCUGCUCAACUCACCAGCACCCGUCUCCGGAGAAACACGUCGGUGGGCACUCCAUUCUGGAUGGCCCCUGAGGUCAUUGCAUGUGAGCAGCAGUAUGACUCUUCCUAUGACGCUCGUUGUGACGUCUGGUCCUUGGGGAUCACAGCUAUUGAGUUGGGGGAUGGAGACCCUCCUCUCUUUGACAUGCAUCCUGUGAAAACGCUCUUUAAGAUCCCAAGAAACCCUCCACCUACAUUACUGCAUCCAGAAAAAUGGUGUCAGGAAUUCAACCACUUUAUUUCACAAUGUCUCAUUAAGGAUUUUGAGAAGCGGCCUUCCGUCACACAGCUUCUGGACCACCCAUUUAUUAAAGGAGCUCACGGCAGGGUUUUGUUUCUGCAAAAACAGCUGGCCAAGGUUCUUCAGGACCAGAAGCAUCUGACCCCUGUUGCCAAAACCAGGCAUGAAAGAAUGCACACCAGAAGACCCUACCGUGUGGAGGACGCUGAGAAAUACUGCCUUGAGGAUGAUUUGGUCAAUCUCGAGGUUCUGGAUGAGGAUACGAUAAUUCAUCAGUUGCAGAAACGCUACGAAGACUCACUGAUUUACACCUAUGUUGGAGACAUUCUAAUUGCCUUAAACCCCUUCCAGACUCUAAGCAUAUACUCUCCCCAGUUUUCGAGGCUUUAUCAUGGGAUGAGGCGUGCAUCAAAUCCCCCCCACAUAUUCGCGUCGGCAGAUGCUGCUUACCAGUGUUUGGUCACUUUCAGCAAAGACCAGUGCAUGGUCAUCGGCGGAGAAAGUGGCUCAGGGAAGACUGAAAGUGCCCACUUGAUUGUUCAGCACCUGACUUUCCUGGGAAAGGCCAACAAUCAGACCUUGCGUGAGAAGAUUCUCCAGGUGAACGCCCUAGUUGAAGCGUUUGGGAACGCAUGCACUGCCAUCAACGACAACUCGAGCCGGUUUGGAAAAUACCUGGAAAUGAUGUUUACGCCCACAGGAGCUGUGAUGGGGGCAAGAAUCUCUGAAUAUCUCCUUGAAAAAUCCAGAGUUAUCAAACAGGCCACGGGAGAGAAAAAUUUUCACAUAUUUUACUAUAUUUAUGCUGGUCUUUAUCAUCAAAAGAAACUCUCUGAGUUCAGACUUCCUGAGGAAAAGCCUCCUAGGUACGUAGCUGAUGAAGCAGGAAGAGUCAUGCAUGACAUCACUUCCAACACGUCUUACAGAAGACAAUUCGAAGCAAUCCAGCAUUGCUUCAGGAUCAUUGGCUUCACUGACAGGGAGGUGCAUUCAGUAUACAAAAUUCUGGCUGGAAUCUUGAAUAUUGGGAACAUUGAAUUUGCAGCUAUUUCCUCUCAGCACCAAACUGAUAAAAGUGAGGUGCCCAAUGCCGAAGCUUUGGAAAAUGCUGCCUACGUUCUGUGCGUCAGCCCUGAAGAGCUGCAGGACGCCCUCACGUCCCACUGUGUGGUCACCCGGGGGGAGACCAUUGUCCGCGCCAACACUGUGGACAGGGCUGCAGAUGUCAGGGAUGCCAUGUCCAAGGCCCUGUACGGGAGGCUGUUCAGCUGGAUUGUGAACCGCAUAAACACACUCCUGCAGCCAGACAAAAACAUCUGCAGCGUGGAGGAUGGAAUGAAUGUGGGAAUCUUGGAUAUUUUUGGAUUCGAGAAUUUUCAGAGGAACUCCUUUGAGCAGCUGUGCAUAAAUAUCGCCAACGAGCAAAUCCAGUACUACUUCAAUCAACACGUGUUUGCUCUUGAGCAGGUGGAGUAUCAGAAUGAGGGCAUUGAUGCCAUCUCUGUGACAUAUGAAGACAAUCGUCCACUCCUGGACAUGUUCCUCCAGAAGCCCCUGGGCCUGCUUGCACUCUUGGAUGAGGAAAGUCGAUUUCCCCAAGCAACAGACCAGACCCUGGUUGAUAAAUUUGAAGAUAAUCUCCGCUGCAAGUUCUUCUGGAGGCCCAGAGGAGUGGAGCUGUGCUUCGGCAUUCAGCACUACGCUGGACAGGUGUUAUAUGAUGCCUCAGGGGUGCUGGAGAAAAACAGAGACACCCUCCCUCCUGAUGUGGUUGUACUCCUGAGAACGUCUCAAAACAAGCUUCUUCAACAACUCUUCUCAAUCCCUUUGACCAAAACAGGUAAUUUGGCCCAGACAAGAACCCGGAUAACAGCAUCCUCGAGGUCCUUGCCUCCACAUUUCAGUGCUGGGAGAGCCAAGGUGGACACCCUGGAGGUGACUCGGCAUCCGGAAGAAACCACCAACAUGAAGAGACAGACUGUAGCUUCUUACUUCCGGUAUUCUCUGAUGGAUCUACUCUCCAAAAUGGUGGUUGGACAGCCCCACUUCGUACGUUGUAUUAAGCCCAAUGACAACCGCAAGGCUCUGCAAUUCUCCCAAGAGAGGGUCCUGGCCCAGCUCCGUUCCACGGGGAUCCUGGAGACGGUCCGCAUCCGCAGACAGGGCUAUUCCCACCGCAUCCUUUUCGAAGACUUUGUGAAAAGGUAUUAUUACUUAGCAUUCAGAGCACAUCAAACUCCUCCUGCUAACAAAGAGAGCUGUGUGGCUAUCUUGGAAAAGUCCAGAUUAGAUCACUGGGUACUGGGGAAGACAAAGGUUUUUCUCAAAUAUUACCAUGUGGAACAAUUAAACCUGCUACUGCGGGAAGUCAUAGGCAGAGUGGUUGUGCUUCAGGCGUACACCAAGGGCUGGCUGGGAGCCCGGAGAUACAAACGGGUCAAAGAGAAGCGGGAGAAGGGCGCUACUGCCAUCCAGUCAGCCUGGAGAGGAUAUGAUGCUCGGAGGAAAUUUAAGAAAAUAAGCAACAGAAGGAGCGAGUCUGCUGUUCAUAUUCAAGCAGUUCUGCAGGCCUCUCCUGAGGACAGAAAACAUCCAAGUUCAGAAGCCAAACCUAGCAAUGGUGAUGCAGAAGCUUCGAACAACUCUCCUGCCGACACUGAGAAAAAUGGGCAUCCACAAGCCCAGAGUUCCCCAAAAGACUGUGCUGUCUUCACAGAGCUUGCAGAUAAGACAGCUGGAUAUCCUGAUUCUGAGCUCUCUGUUGCUGGGACCAACGUGCCAUCUUCUGGGACAUGUCAUGCUGCCCAAGCUCACCACACACUGAGGUCCUGGGACGCCUCCUGCAGACCUGGGAAAUCUCGCUGUCUGGCUGCAGGUUCAGAAGCCGGUCUUGUGCGGAAACAGAGAACACCUCGCCGAAGAUGUCAGCAGCCCAAAACGCUGAGUAGCCCUGAGGACACCAUGUACUAUAACCAGUUAAAUGGAGCUCUAGAAUAUCAAGGGAGCAAGAGGAAGCCAAGAAAACUUGGCCAAAUUAAAGUGCUGGACGGGGAAGACCAAUACUACCAAGCUCUGUCUCCUGGAGCCUGCAUCCCUGAGGGACACGACUCGGCCUACCCCUUCUUUUUCCCCUCUUCUUCAAGAGGAGACUCCUUUGCUCAACACUGAGCUGAACUUCCUGACCGCAAAUCUGUCCCAGUAGUAUCUCUGUGAGGCUACCCGAAGUGAAGAAAACCAGCAGGCUGUAAGAUAACGUCAAGACAAACAGAAACAGCUCUGGGAGGGAGCGUUCCUUACAAGAGUCACCGCAGGUCCUGGGUGUUUAAUUGCCGAAGUCGCUGCUUCCAUUCGGGCUCAUCUGGAGGCACAUUCCCACCCACCGUUCGCUUUAAACAUCUAUACAUACACAGAAAAGAGCUCCAUUCAGAAGAAUCCACUCAAUGAAUUAUGACAAAGUGAAGAUCAUGGACCCACCCUGCGUGUCUAGAACAGAGCACUGUCCGCACCCUAAGAGACUCACUCCUCCCUUCUCCCCAGCACUGCUCGUCCCUGAAAGAAACAUUUUCAUGGCUUUAACUGCACACGCUCCCUCCUUUUCUACUUACACACAUCUCUAAACACUGUAGCUAGGUCUUGUUUCUUUACUUAGAUUUUAGAGACUUCAUGGAUUGGUUUGUUUGUUUGUUUGAGACUGUGUCUUGCUGUGCAUCCCAGGCUGGCCUCAAACUCAUUAUCCUCCUGCUUCAGAUUCCCCAAUGCUGAGGUCAUAGGCGUGAGUCACCACAUUGGGCUGCCUUUGGGAAUGUCAUGUAAACUGAAUCAUAUAGUGAAUAAUUUAUUAGAUUGCAUUCCGUUUAGCCAGUGUUCCAUCCACAUUCACGUAGGUUGUGAGAUGUUAAGUAUAGCUCACUCAUUUUCAAGACUAUGUAAUAUUAUAGUGUGGUAAUAUAGCAAUGAUUGACUUAGCUUAUGUACUUUUUUUAUUUUAAUUUUUUUGUUGUUAUUUUAUUUAUUUUAGAGCGACAGACAGAGAAAAAGAGGCAGAGAUAGAGAGAGAGAAUGGGCACGCCAGGGCCUCCAGACACUGCAAAUGAA